AUGGCGGCUCGUUUACCACCAAAUACUCUAACUUUGAAACAGUUUCUAGUUAGAAGGCAAGUUCUGUCACUGUAUCGUGAAAUCAUGAAAACUAUAAAACAAAUAGAAAACCCAGAAUACCAAAAAGAACUUAGRAAUUGGACGAGAGAUGAAUUCAAGCAAAAUAAAGGCACCCAAGAUCAGGAUGCAAUUCAAAAUAUGAUAUACAGGGGACAGCAGACCUUGAAAGAACUCUCUGUCACUAUAGCGAUGGCAAGAUAGCCAUCAGACCAGCUCAAAAUCCUAUGUAUUAGACCUCAACACAAGCUUGUUGAUGCAAGUACAUAUCAUUCAAAUAACCAGGUACAGUGAUAAUUGACUGACAACUACAGAAUGCUUGUGCAUAUGAUUGCUUAUGGAAAUACUAAGAUUUUAAACGGUGGGAUCCCUGUGKAAGUGAUUGGCAAAUAUGGUAAUCACUCAAAAUAAGCAUUGACAUACUUUCAAGUUAUCAGGAUGACAUACUUUGCGGUUUUGGGAUUYCUGUGGAAGUGAUUACAKCCAAGGUUUAAAUGGAAGUCAUUUGAWAUGCAUCUUGUACGGAUAACAUUUUGUGUUGGGAUGCCUGUGGAAGUGAUUGCCAAMUAUGGUCAACACUUCAAUUUGAAUUGGAAAUCUAAAAACAAUUUAUGAGAAAACAUKGAGUUGGGAUACCUGUGRAAAUGAUUUGCAAAUAUUAUUGACACUAAAAGGUCAAAUUUAGGUCCUUUAGAGCAAGGUAUAACAUUYGUCUGUAGUGGGAUUCCUGUGAAAUUUAUUGCCAAAUAUGGUUAGCAAAAGUCAGUCUAAAGUCCAUAAUGUUUGUGAUGGGAUUCUGGUUUAAGUGAUCAACAAAUCUCCAAUGCGGCUGAGGUAGAUGCUGAUACUUUAUAAAUAAAUCAAUUCCCUCGCCGUGRAGCUGUUUGCUAAGUAGAUGUCUGAAACUAUGCAAUUGCAAUGGUUUCACUGAAAUGUCAAGACAUCCAUUACUUUUGAUAUACAGUACAAUCUAAAUAUUUUUAAUUUAUUGUGCAAUAGGUGCGUGUUCUCAGUAACCUAGCAAACUCUAACUAAUACAYUUGUAUACAUUAUAAUUUCUAUCUAACUGCUCUUUGAUGCGUCCCGAGUGAGCGCUCUAAGAGCGUCUAGUUGAAAGAAUGAUAGUGAAAAAAAUUAUUUUAACGUGAGACUGAAAUUAUAUUAGCAAGAACUU